CGCACCUUUAGGAAAUUAAUUAAUUACUAUACUUUCAAAGCAUCCUGCAUAUUCGACAAUAGUCAUUUAUAUAAUUAAAAUGACUGCAUUAAUUGCUAUACUUAGUUGAGAAUUAUAUUUAAUAUUGGGAGUCGGCUUUAUAUUGUUAAAUUUUGCAUUACCACAAUAACGAAAGGCAAUGCCAGAAUUACUACGUGUUCCUCAAAUUCGUGUUUCAGGAUUUGUAAACAAUGCCUAGAACUAGGGGAACAAAAAGAAAGAAUGAGACAACGGCUGUGAAAUCCAGAAAAUCAUCAAAAGUGGAUGAAAUCGUAGACAAAGUCCUGGAAAGACUGGCACCAAAGCUUCAAGACCUACGGGAGGUGAAUGCCUCCGAUUCUGACAGCGACGAUGAAGUUUCAUUUUCACCAGGAGCAAGUGGCUCUAAAUCAGAUAUUGCAUCGGCAAUAUCUGAGCUGCUUAAGCAAGGUGAGGAAUCCUCGGCAGCAAAUGAUUUUUUAAAUUCUAAUCAAUUCAUUCCUCUAUCCACUGGGAUACCCCUUGAGAGUGGGGUCGAUAAAAAAAUCGUGGUUAAGAUCAUUUCAAACGAGUACAUUAAUCUAGCUCAUCUGCUCGACAAAAUUCCAGGCGAAAGUGAAUUGACGGUCACAAUAAAACAACGUGCGUCGUCGGUAACUACCAACCCGUCAAAACCACGGCAUGAGAUUAAAACGUACGACCAAUGGAGUACUGCCUUCCAUGUUUUUAUUGCAGUCUAUUGUAAAGUACAUUCUGACCA